AUGAAAAGAAAGGGAGAACCGGGGGGAGAAGCCGGGUGCGCGGCGACUCGUAUGGCGGCGGUGGGCGGAGUCGCGGCAGUCGCGGCCGCGACUCGCACGCCGCGACACCGAGCCCUCGUGCCGCUCACCGCCAAGCCGCGUCAGCCACCCGCCGGCAGGCGCGAACGAACGUGCACUUUUCCCUCCUUCGAACUCCCCAAAAAGUGCAUUUUUCGCGCCGCCGCCGUGCUGGGUUCCGAAACCAACGGCGGCGUUUGA